AUGCCGCUGCAGGACGAGGAGGGUCACGGGUUCAGGCACGGGCGCACCUUCCACCAGCACAAGCACGAGCAGCAGCACCACCACCACCAACAACAACAAGAACGCCAACACCAACAGUUGCAGCUUCAACUCCAGCCUCGUCGGGUCCACCCGCCGCUCCUCCUCGACCAGCAGCAGUAUCAGCACUGCCAUCAGCAGGAGCAGCAGCAGCAGCAGCAGCAGAGACACGAGCAGCAGCGUCACUACACCGUUCCGAUCGGCUUUCUGAACCAGCAGCCCCAGCUCCCACGCAAUCCUGGCAGCGCCGGUGCCGUCUCAGACGCCGCCAGCUGGUAUCCCUCGCCUUCGUCAGCGGGUGUCACGCCCGGUGACGCCGCCUCUGGCCGCGACUAUUUCGCCCCGCGCGGCAGGGUCUCCCUCAACACCUUGACGGACCCCGUGUUCCAAGACCUAGACCGGACCUCGAGAUACUAUCUAGCCCACUUCGCCGACCAUGUCUGCAAAGACCUCGUCGCCCGCGAUGGUCCAGGAAACAACCCGUUCCGGGAGCUCAUCCCGCUGACGACGAGGCAUCCGCUUCUCCUCCACAUACUGGUGGCCACGUCGGCCAUCCACUGGUCUAACCUCUUUCGUCCCAUCACCACAAUACCCACGGGCUUGACGGACCCGGGGGGCUACCUGGCCCAGCUGCGGGCCAAAGAUCUGGUGUCUCGUGCUGCCCUUAUCGACGCCCUGACCGCCAAGCAGACAGCCAUGCUCCACCUGCGCCAAGUCCUCGACACGCUGGAUCCCGCAGGUAGCGAGGUGGCCCUGGCGGCAAUGCACUUUUUCAUUCGUUUUGAUCUGAUAGACCUGGAGAGAAACGGCGACAAGGGCUGGCUCACGCAUCUCGACGGCGCCAGGAGCAUUCUGGCCCUGUUGUCACCCGCGGCCGCGGCCGCGAGCUCGUCGAGCAGGAUGCUCCGGGACUGCGUCAUUGCCGACUGUUUCAUAUAUCACGCACUAGGGUCGACGCUGGCUUCCGGCGCCCUUGCGGCGCGCAUCGCCCGGUAUGCAGUCGAGGUGCUGCCUGUUCUGGAGCGUGUCGAAACCAACAGCUAUCUAUCAUGUCCUGCCGCCGUUCUGCAGGUCAUUCUGAGGGCGUCGGAGUUCUCGUACGAGAGCGAAUCGUUUGGCACCACGCUGACGUUGGGGGCUGCCGAAGAGGCGCUCGAGCUCAUCCGCAAUCUGCGAGCGUUUGAUAUGGAUGCCUGGGCCGCAAAGCUCCGCACUGACGUGUUGAGCCGGGCUCACGUCGCGUCUGCUCACCGCGGGGCAGCGUGCCUGUACGUGCUCCAGGCACUACCUCUGGCGCGAGCUGCGAGCCCUGUGGACCCCGAUUCACUCGUGGACGAGAUCCUCAUGCACCUGAGCCAGCUCGACGAAGGGGAUCCCUACUUCAAGGCGACAUCGUGGCCGACAUUUAUUGCGGGGGCCGAAACGCGUGACCCCGACAAGAGAAUGUGGACUCUCAAGCGACUCCUGUCGAUUUGGAAGAUUUGCUCCUGGGGGUACAUCUUUACGGCUAUUGAGAUGCUCAAGACGACGUGGGACAUGCAAGAUCGGCACGACGCGGCCGUGGGCGGGAAUGGCGCCCUGCGAGGCAGCGUCAAUUGGCUCAAAGAUCUCAAGGCCAUGGGAUUCGACUACCUGAUCGUGUGA